UCCUCGGAAAACUAACGCUAGCUGGCUGGCUAGUUGGUAGGCUACCGUUGUGGUGUUCGUUGAUGCGUGGAUCGGAGGUAUACGCCGUCUUGCUUUCCAGUCAAUGCCAAAACGCAAAAACAAACGCAAAUUGAAUCAGUGCCCCAGUAGCUGGAGUAAGGUAAUUGAAAAAGCAGAAUAAAAUGAGUGAACUGGACCAGUUACGCCAAGAGGCAGAGCAGCUCAAAAAUCAGAUCAGAGAUGCCAGGAAAGCAUGUGCAGAUGCCACACUAUCACAGAUCACAGCUAAUAUUGACCCCGUUGGACGAAUCCAGAUGCGUACAAGACGAACGCUGCGGGGUCAUUUGGCUAAAAUCUAUGCCAUGCAUUGGGGAACAGAUUCCAGGCUCUUGGUCAGUGCCUCUCAAGAUGGCAAACUCAUUAUUUGGGACAGCUAUACCACAAAUAAGGUUCAUGCCAUCCCACUUCGAUCUUCCUGGGUCAUGACUUGCGCAUAUGCACCUUCAGGAAAUUAUGUGGCCUGUGGUGGCUUAGACAACAUCUGUUCCAUCUACAACCUCAAAACACGCGAAGGGAAUGUACGUGUGAGCCGUGAGCUCGCUGGACAUACAGGAUACCUGUCCUGUUGUCGCUUCCUUGAUGACAACCAGAUUGUUACAAGCUCUGGAGAUACCACUUGUGCACUUUGGGACAUUGAGACUGGCCAGCAGACAACCACAUUUGCUGGACACACAGGUGAUGUCAUGAGCCUGUCAUUGGCCCCUGACUCCCGGUUAUUUGUCUCUGGUGCUUGUGAUGCCUCUGCUAAACUCUGGGAUGUUCGAGAGGGCAUGUGCAGACAGACGUUCACGGGCCAUGAGUCUGACAUCAAUGCCAUCUGUUUCUUCCCUAAUGGCAAUGCCUUUGCCACGGGCUCCGAUGAUGCCACCUGCAGGCUGUUUGAUCUGCGUGCUGAUCAGGAAUUAAUGAUCUACUCUCAUGACAAUAUCAUAUGUGGCAUCACCUCUGUUGCAUUCUCAAAGAGUGGCCGUCUUCUUCUGGCGGGAUAUGAUGACUUCAACUGUAAUGUGUGGGACACACUAAAAGCCGACCGUGCUGGUGUGUUGGCUGGACAUGACAACCGUGUUAGCUGCCUGGGAGUUACUGAUGAUGGCAUGGCAGUUGCAACGGGAUCCUGGGACAGUUUUCUGAAGAUCUGGAAUUGAAGCCUGAAGAUGUUCUUUUUAACUCCAAAGUUGACUGGAAGACCAUUACAACUUCAGAAUGUUCACAGCAUCUUCAACACUGUUUAAACUGACUUGGACACCACAAAAACGAAGGGAAACCAAUGCCUUUCCUACACAAAGAAGAGCACAAUUGUUUAUCACCUAGUUAAGAAAGGAUCUCCUGUGGUAUCGAAUCAGAAACUUGUGCAUUCCUUCUUGGACCAUUUUAUGUUACCUUGAAAGAGAAAACAACACUAUCAUCCCAUGCAAAUGUGUGAGUCUUGAAAGCAAAUGUUGGAGUGUAAUUGUACAAAUUAUUUAACUUUUUUUUUUUAAGAAUUCUAUUCUGAUGUUUUUUUUUUUUUUUUUUUCUGGAUGGCUUUCCUUUUGUCAUAUUUCUUUCGUGGUUUUAGAUAUGUUUGAAUUACAGCUUGUCUUUCUAAUCCAGUUAAAUCAUAUAAGACCGAUGAGAGAAAACAUGCAGCAAGAAAUGCGAGCAAAAGCUUGGAUCAUAUUACACGAGCAGCUUUCAAAAUGUCCAUUAUGUAUUUAUAUACUAGCUGUUUUUGUUUCAUCACAGCCUUUUGCACAUGAAGAAGCUUUGCCUCUCAACUAAUACUAUGUUAACUAACCAAGCACAUGCUAUAAGUUAUGAAUGCUCAUUCCAGU